AAGCUAACGCCGUACGAGAAGAAGAAGUAUGUGUGGAAGCUGCUCUACAUAUUCAUGCUCGGCUACGACGUCGAUUUCGGCCACAUGGAGGCCGUCUCCCUCAUCUCCGCCCCCAAAUACGCAGAAAAGCAGGUGGGGUACAUGGUGACGUCAUGUCUGCUGAACGAGAACAACGACUUCCUGCGCCUCGUCAUCAACUCCGUCAGGAAUGACAUCAUCGGCCGCAACGAGACCUUUCAGUGCCUCGCCCUCACCAUGGUGGGCAACAUCGGGGGGAAGGAGUUCUCAGAGUCCGUCGCCCCUGACGUGCAGAAGCUGCUGCUGUCGAGCUCAGCGCGGCCGCUGGUGAAGAAGAAGGCAGCGCUGUGCCUGCUGAGGCUCUUUCGCAAGAACCCCGACAUCAUCAGCACCGACACAUGGCCACAGCGCAUGGCGAGUCUGCUGGAGGAGCGCAGUCUGAGCGUGCUCCUCGCAACCAUGUCGCUGCUCGUGGCGCUCGUGGCAGCAAACCCGGAGGCGUACCUGUGCUGUGUGCCCAAGUGCGUCAAGGUGUUGGAGCGCCUCGCCAAAUGUGUGGACAUCCCGCAGGACUACACCUACUACGCCAUUCCAUCUCCCUGGCUGCAGGUGAAGACGAUGCGGGUGCUGCAGUACUUCCCGUCCAUCGAAGACCCCUCCAUCCGCAAGUCGCUGCUCGAGGUGCUGGCGCGCAUACUGCAGGGCACGGAGGUGGUGAAGAAUGUCAACAAGAACAACGCCGCCCACGCCAUCCUCUUUGAAGCCCUUGCGCUGGCGAUGCACAUGGAUGCGGAGAGGGAGGUGAUGCAGCACUGCGUGGGGCUGCUGGGCAAGUUCGUGGGCGUGAGGGAGCCCAACAUCCGCUACCUCGCCCUCGAGAACAUGGCGCGCAUGUUGAUGGUGGCAGACGUGCAGGAUGACAUCAGGGGCUUCCAGAGCCAGAUCGUGCACUCCCUCAAGGACCCCGAUAUCAGCAUUCGGCGGCGCGCGCUGGACCUGCUGUACGGGCUGUGCGACACCGACAAUGCCAAGUUCAUCGUCGAGCAGCUGCUGCAGUACCUGACGGUGGCGGACUUUGUGAUGCGCGAGGAGCUGACCCUCAAGACCGCCAUACUGGCAGAGAAAUUCGCAGUCGACCUGCCCUGGUACGUGGACGUGAUUCUGUGUCUCAUGGAGCGAGCAGGCGACUUCGUGAGCGAGGACGUGUGGUACAGAGUGGUGCAGAUCGUUACCAACAACGACGAUUUGCAGCCCUAUGCGGUCUCGCGAGUGCUCAAGCUCAUGCGCAAGCCGGCGGUGCAUGAGACCAUGGUGAAGGUGGGCAGCUACAUAUUGGGCGAGUUCAGCCAUCUGUUGCCACAACAGCCAGGCUCCACAGCAGCGGACGUUUUUGCCGUGCUGCACGACAAGUUCCACACCGUCUCCAUCCCCACGCGCGCGCUCAUGCUGUCGGCGUAUGUGAAGCUGGCAGUGCGCUCGCCGCCCGACGAUGCGCUGCACGGCAAGCUCAUGGCCAUCUUCACUCGCUACGAGAGCAGUGUGGACGCGGAGGUGCAGCAGCGCGCAGUGGAGUACGCGUCGCUGUGCCGCAGGGGCGGCCCCGCCAUGGCCGACAUCGUUGCUGACAUGCCCAAGUUCCCUCAGCGCGAGUCCUCGCUGCUGCGCCGCGCACCGGACAACGAGGGGGACAGUGCGGAGGUGAGCGCAGUGAAGCUGCGCGCGCACCAGGCCAACGCCCUCGCCCUCGUCCCCGUCUCCGCCCCCGCCUCUGCCUCUGCCGCCAAGCUCCCUUCUGCCACUGCUGCCCCCGCUGCUGCUGAUGGUGGUGUGGGGCCGGUGCGACGACCACAGCCAGCCUCCUCUGCUGAUGACACCCCGUCGUCACCACCCCCGUCCACCACCCAGCCUGCACCCGCUCAGCCGCCCACCUCACUGGUGGACGAGCCAGCAGCCGCGCCCCCCCCUGCAGCAGGCAACGAGCUCGCCCUCGUGCCCGCUGACUCUGCCAACGCUGUGGGCGACCUGCUGGGGGAGCUGCUCUCACUUGAUCCCUCUGCCUCCGCCUCCAACGCCCCUGCUGCUGCUGCGGCCGCCCCUGCUCCUGGUGCUGCUGCUGCCGCUGGUGCUGGUGGUUUGGGGGGAGCCGAGGCCGGGGCCAUGGCACUGACGCUCUUUGACCAGACUGCUGCACCCACAGCUGUGGUGCAGGUACGGUGGGAUGCUGUGGUGCAGGUACGGUGGGAUGCUGUGGUGCAGGUACGGUGGGAUGCUGUGGUGCAGGUACGGUGGGAUGCUGUGGUGCAGGUACGGUGGGAUGCUGUGGUGCAGGUACGGUGGGAUGCUGUGGUGCAGGUACGGCGGGAUGCUGUGGUGCAGGUACGGCGGGAUGCUGUGGUGCAGGUACGGCGGGAUGCUGUGGUGCAGGUACGGCGGGAUGCUGUGGUGCAGGUACGGCGGGAUGCUGUGGUGCAGGUACGGUGGGAUGCUGUGGUGCAGGUACGGUGGGAUGCUGUGGUGCAGGUACGGUGGGAUGCUGUGGUGCAGCCACUGGGCAGUGUGGCGGAGUGGUUCAGGGCGCUGAUGGGCAAGGACAGCGGUGUGCUGUAUGAGGACCCGCACCUGCAGGUGAGAGCCUUUUGA